AACAGUGCAAAAGUAAGGGGCCUCAUCUUGAUCGCCCAGAGGCCUUUUCUCCCCCUUGUCGAGUCAGCGCACCAGGGGAGCCAUUCCGGGAUACCACCCGGGACAACAGAACCCAGUCCCGCGGCGAGGGAACCAUUCUAGAAGGCCGCGACAACAGCGACAACAGCGACUACAGUGGAUACACGCCAGGCACAGGACACCUGCCGCUCGCAGCAAUUGGUGCCGCGGCUCGCAGUGAGGUCCCGAGCGGCGGUGGCACGCUUCAAGCCACCCCUGCUGGUACGGAGGUAGUCGCCGCCCUUGCUCUCGUCUCCUCUCCGGGACUGGACCGCCUCCCCCCCCCCAAAUCGGCCGUCCGCGCCAAACGGGAUAGCCCCGGGUCGUAACAAUGUCGGAAUGGAGCGGAUUUAUCUACGCCUCUGCCGCCCCUUUACCCACCUACUCUCGACGGCCACAACGUGAAAAGGAGAGGCUGCCCGACGACCCUUCGCGGUCCAAUUCGACCACGAGAGACUCAGCUCACUCACGCCUAGCCCUUCGACACACGAGGACGUCCAGUGGCAGCCAGGGCAGCCGCUCGUCUCACGAGUCGACGCUGAAUCCGAGCAGCAGCCCCGCCGCGGGGGACCACGAGGCCCAGCACCAGCAUCCUCCGCCGCCGACCAUCGUCUCGUCUGACUCGCCUGCGUCGUCGAUAUCGUCUCACUCCAUCCCGACAUCGCCCAGGCCCAUAUUGAGCUUCAGCGGAGCCGCCUCGUCUGCCUCCUCCAUCUUCUUCAACCGCUCCUUGGGCGGUGAGAAGAGUCGGGCUCGCGAACGUCGCGCCCGUCAGGUCGAAGCCCUCUCCUCUGUGGAUCUGAAAAAUGUCGCUAUGUAUUCGGAGUUGGAGGCCAGCAACAAGCCCAUGUCGGGCACCACAAAACAAAUAAACAUCCCCUUUGCUCGCACUGAGUCCAUCUCGUCGGCAAGCGGUACCACCCUCUCGACACACACUAUGACCUCGACCGACCAGUCCAACUCCUCCGACAACCCUGCAACGAAGCCCUUUAUUCUGCGCAACGGACGCACAUACUAUAACGACCCUACGCUCCAAUACCCGCUCCCUCAUGAUCUCACCGAGCUCCACCGACAAUGUCUUCGAACCUUGCUGAUGAUCCAGGUGUACGGUGGGCCCAUCACUUCCCCGUCCCUGAUAGCAAACCCGCCGACCCGGGUCCUGGAAGUCGGUUGUGGCACCGGAUACUGGAGCAUGAUGUGCCACAGGUACUACAAGGAACGCGGGCAUAGCGGCAUCUCCUUCACCGGUGUCGACAUUGCCCCGCUUGCCCCUGGAAGCUCCAGUGCCCCGUCAGAUUCCAGCAAGCCGGACAAGGACAUGAAGUGGAAGUUUGUUCAGCACGAUCUCCGACAGUGCCCAUGGCCGUUCCCGGACGAGGAGUUCGACCUCAUCAUGGUCAAGGACACAUGCUUGAUGAUCCCGAAUAUGAUGUACCAGAGCUUCAUGGAGGAAUAUAUCCGAAUGCUUAAGCCUGGUGGAACCGUGGAGAUGUGGGAGAGCGAUACGACAUUUCGCAUGCUCAGGCCGCAUGUUCCCACUGCAGCGCCCGGUAGCGACGAGGCUGAGGACCACGAGACCGCGAUGAAGCUAGGUGCCUAUCUCAUGACGCCCAACACGCCACUCUCGGCACCGUUGAACACAUUCCUCGUCGAGUAUAACCACUGGAUAUCGCGGGCCCUCGAGCUUCGGACACUGACAGCCGUUCCUUGUACUCUCAUCGGGCCCUUCCUCUUGCAAGAAUCCGAGACGCUGAAGGAGGUCAAAUCGAAGCGCAUGGCAAUUCCCCUCAGUGAAGUACGAUGGGAGCGGGAAGGCGUCGGAGGUGUCGUCACCAAGGAUGGCAAGUCGUACGUGGAGAUGAAGGGCAAGGGGCCGCACCAGAAGGUGGAAAAGAAAUCCUUGACCGCCGGACAAAGCGCCUUGCGUAAGACUGCCAUGUUGACGGUGGUGCAGCAGAUUCAGGCCCUAGAGCCGAUUCUGCGGGAUGCGAGCGGAAAGAGCCAGGACGAGUGGGAUGUCUGGCUGGGGAAGAUGAUGGCGGAUCUCAUGAAUGAGAAUGGCACAAGUUGGGGUGAAUGUCUGGAGGUGGGAGCGUGGUCAGCAAAGAAGCGGGCCAACCCUUAAGCAGAGGUGAGGUGAGGUGAAGGCAAAAGCAAAAGCAAUGUCGCCUACGUGGGUUACGACUGGCGAAUGGGAAAUCCAUCUCAAGUUCGAAAAAAUCAGAAUGCUUCCACGCAUUGCACAUGGGCGUCUACAGUCUGGGGUUUAUCAAAUCGAUCCUCGCACCAUGUUACCCACCCGCGUGUCCGACACCGUUUGCGAGCUCCUCUCGCCCGCGCUCACGCGCCGGGAACAUAUCGUUUCCUCAAAGUACGAUACCUUUUUAAAUAAUAUCUAUACCCGGAGUAUCAGUAC